GGUUCAGUCUUCCUUUUUCGAUCGGGUCCGUUGAAUGGGUUAUUUGCUCACCCUUUAUCACAUACGGAUUGUAAGGGUAUCCCACAUAUAAACCCUAUUUUCGCAUCUAUACGUUUACAGCUAAACUAGAGCAUCGACGGCGGCCAGCAAGACGAGGAAGCAGAAAAAUGGUGUCAGGAUCGGGAAUUCGAGCCCGUAGAGUGGUCGUGGACGCCAGACACCACAUGUUGGGGCGACUGUCUUCCAUCCUGGCCAAGGAGCUGCUCAAUGGCGUGCGAGUGGUGGUGGUCCGAUGCGAAGAAAUCUGCCUCUCAGGUGGUCUUGUCCGUCAGAAGAUGAAGUACCACCGCUUCCUCCGCAAGAGAAUGAAUACCAAGCCAUCCCACGGCCCAAUCCACUUCCGGGCACCUUCGAAGAUUCUAUGGCGCACAAUUAGAGGAAUGAUUCCACACAAAACGAAGAGAGGAGCAGCAGCACUAGGACGAUUGAAGGCGUACGAGGGUGUUCCCACACCUUAUGAUAGGGUGAAGCGGAUGGUUAUACCUGAUGCCCUUAAGGUUUUGAGGCUCCAGGCUGGGCACAAGUACUGCUUGCUUGGUAAGCUGUCAUCUGAGGUUGGCUGGAACCACUAUGACACGAUCAAGGUCCUCGAGGAUAAGAGAAAGGAGAGGUCACAAGCGGCAUAUGAGAGGAAGAAGCAAUUGACAAAACUUAGGAUCAAAGCUGAGAAGGCUGCUGAGGAGAAACUUGGUCCCCAACUUGACAUCCUUUCAGCUGUUAAGUACUGAACUGUGUUUUUGGUUCAUGCGUAGAGAUUUUGCCAGGACGUCUUUCAGGUUUCAGCUGAUAAUGGUAUCAAAGGCUGAUCUUUUUUACUUUCAUUGUGGUAUUUAAACUUUUUUACACCAGAGUACUUGUUUGUUCCAGGCUGGUUUAUGAUUGUUUCCAAGUUACGUGCGUUUGAAGUUUGGACUCAUUUAUGCAAGAUUUUUGCAAUGCUGUAGUUUUCCCUUGCAAUUGUUUUCCCUAUAUGCAAUUUUUCUCUCUAUAUGCAAUUAUUAGAGUGUUUGGGUGAAAGUGCAGAAGUGGGUUUUUAGAAGCCGAGGUGAUAGUAGGCUUGGACUCGGGCCGGGCCCGCCGGUUCCGUAUCCAUAGGUCCGAGACCGGCCUGGGUCUUGACCGGUUCCGGUUCUUUUUUUAAUCUUAUUUAUUUCACCCCCAUCCCCCCCAACCCCAAACCCCUGGAAAAUACCCAGCCCAGCCCAACUAACCCCAGUCCAAACCAAAAAAAAUCAAAAAAAUAAAAUAAAAAAGGCCUGAACCGGGCUGGGCCGGACCGGUUCCCCUUUUCCCUUACCUGUGCCCGGAACCGGUAGACCCCCCGGGCCUAG